AUGCCGAUAGUAAUUCCAAGAUGUGACCAGAGAUCCUGCCUUUGCCGCGCUUGCGGCAUGGGUUGGUUGCACGAAGGCGUGAAGCCACGGAGUGCCAGUGAAAACUUGGCUGCUUCCCUUGGUAGAGGGAAAAAUCCCUUCGCCUGGCUCUUGCCUUUGGGUCGGAGAGCACCUGUGGUCAGCUUUGAUGCAAUCUUUGCACAGAAGGUGCUGCCAGGCGAUGCAACGGCAGAUGCAGAGGAGAUUGAUAGCAGUGGGCUGACAGCCUUGGGUGCACACAUUGAGGCCACACGAGCUGGGCAAGUCACCAGCGUCUCUAAUCGUUCACCACGGCGACCUAGCCGACCUUUGGAGGUGUCGGAGACAGUUUACGUUCGCAUUGCAGCUGCGCAUGGUUUGAGGUCUUCAGUGGAACUGGACCCGUGCGCCAGGACUGAUUGUGGUGCUGAAGAAGGUGCGGCGGAAGAUGAGUCGGAGGAGACUGUGGGGUGGACUGGCAUCUUUGCCACGCUGGAGAUCCUUGCCCUCACCGCCGCUGAUGGCCUCGCUGCCAAGCCAAGGGCGCGGGCCCAGCUUUCUCCGCGCUUUCUGGAGGCGAUCAUGGCGCCGGGGGCCAACAUGAGCCUCAACCAGGCUGGUUGGCUACAGUUUGAAGCGGGCGCUCAUGCGCACAUCAUGGCCCAACAUUCCACGGAGGAGAUGCAAAUCAUCUUGUACCGUGGCCGUGAUUUGGUGCUGUAUGAUGCGCAUCACCACAGGGCCUUCGCCAGAAGAGUGACCCAGGAACAAGCACAGGUUCUGCUGCACAAUCGGAGGCACAGCUCAUGCCCUCUCUGCAAACAGUCCUUGAGUGAGUCGUGGGCCUUUGUGGUUGAAGGUUAUUGGGAAACCAUCCGAAAAGUCUUCGCUGCAAAUGCGGCGGGCGAUGAAGAGGCAGCUGCAAUUGCACAGCUCCAUAGCAUAGCCGCCGGACUUUUGAAUACAGGUUACUAUGCUCGCUUCUUCAAGGAGGAACGCAAGUUGGGAUCGGGAUCCUUUGGUUCGGUCUAUUUGUGCACCCACAUGAUGGAUGAAAUCGAGCUGGGUAUCUUCGCGGUGAAGAAACUGGCGCUGGGCGAUGAUGCCCGACGCCUGCGGCAGGUGGUGCGGGAGGUGAAGGCCUUGGAGAAGCUCCGUCAUAUGAAUGUCAUCGACUACAAGCACUCCUGGCUGGAAAUUGAUCGGCACUCGGAGCUCUGCCCCUAUGUGCCCUUCCUCUACAUCCUCAUGGAAUACUGCAACUAUGGCUCCCUUGAAGGCUUCAUUUGGCACAAGGAUCCGGGUUUCAUUCGAGGGAGGCCAGACAAUGCGAGGAGAUCACGGGAGUUGUCAGAAGAGAUGAUUUGGCAUUUCUUCCAUGGAACCUGCAGCGGCUUGGAUCACCUGCAUUGCCGUGGGAUCCUGCAUAUGGAUCUGAAACCUUCCAACAUCAUGCUGCAUGUGGAUGAGGUUGCUGGUCAAGCCGCUGCGUUUCCACGUCCACUUCUAUCGGACUUUGGCACCUGUCAGAUGAUGGGCGAUGUCACGGGAGAAGUUCAUGGUGGCUAUGCCAUUGAGUUCUGCUCUCCCGAACGUUUGGAGAACGAGGAAAUUGGAGAGAAAGGAGACAUGUGGAGUGCAGGCCUGAUUCUCUACGCCAUGUGCUUUGGUGACCUGCCAUAUCACAGCGAAGAUCCGGCAGAGUGUCGACGUCAAGUCGUCAGCCACAAGGUUCUUCUGGAACCCCCUCGGGGAGGUGCCCAUCGCCGGUCCCGCGAAGUGAGCGAAAUCCUGUGGAAGGUGAUUUGCAUCUUGACCUCCCGCGCCCCCGUGGCUCGGCUCUCAGCGCGGCAGUGUGAAAUCCUGGCGGCGCAGCAGCUGGAGGAACUGCGCUGCCGCGUUGCGCGCGGCUCCACGUCACCGGGGAUGCAUCCACAGAUGCUGAUGGACUCGGGGAUGCCUCAGCUGCAAGAUGGUGAUCUACCACAGCUUCAAGAUGGAGCCUUGAGUUAGGAAGAUGAAGAAGAUGAAGAACAUGAAGAAGUUGUUGGAAGUUUGUCGAUUUGCAAUCGAUCUUUGGAUCAAAAUAUGUCCUACAGGUGCCAGGCACCAGCCAUGUAGCAAGUUGGAGAGCAGUCGCACGUUAAGAUGGCGUGCUGGCGGCUGAUGUUUCGAUGUUUAAAAUUUGCUG